AUGAUGACAUAUAUUGUAUUUAUUUUAAGUACGAUUUUUGUGGUGAGCUUUGUAAGUUUUUCUUCAAAGCCUUCUCCUAUUUAUGGUGGGGUUGGUUUAAUUGUGGCUGGAGGUGUUGGUUGUGGUAUUGUGUUAAAUUUUGGGGGGUCAUUUUUAGGUUUAAUAGUUUUUUUAAUUUAUUUGGGGGGUAUACUUGUGGUGUUUGGGUAUACUACGGCUAUGGCUACUGAGCCCUAUCCUGAGGCGUGGACGUCUAAUAAGGCUGUGUUAGGAGCAUUUAUUACAGGGGUGCUAGCGGAGUUGUUAAUUGCUUGUUAUAUUUUAAAGGAGGAUGAGGUUGAGGUUGUGUUUAAGUUUAAUGGUGCAGGCGAUUGGGUGAUUUAUGAUACAGGUGACUCAGGGUUUUUUAGUGAAGAGGCUAUGGGGAUUGCAGCAUUGUAUAGCUAUGGAACUUGGCUAGUAGUUGUUACUGGUUGGUCCUUGCUAAUUGGUGUGUUGGUAAUUAUGGAAGUUACUCGUGGAAAUUAA